AUGAGGUCGCUCCUCCUCUUAGCCUCCACGGCCCUAGCGGCCGCGCUCCCAGCGCCCAUACCCAUACCAGCACCCACUCCACCGAAUAUUCCAUCUACAACAACUGCCAAAAGCGAGCUCGCGGGUUUGACUGUAGCUGCGCAAGGUUCCCAAGACGGAUACUCGCGAGAUCUGUUUCCUCACUGGAUCACUCAGAGCGGAUCUUGCAAUACACGCGAAGUCGUCCUAAAGCGCGAUGGUACCAACGUGGUACAAGAUUCCUCUUGUGCUGCGACGUCCGGAUCUUGGUACUCGCCGUAUGACGGCGCUACAUGGACGGCUGCCAGCGAUGUUGAUAUCGAUCACGUUGUGCCGCUUAGUAAUGCGUGGAAGUCCGGAGCCGCAUCCUGGACAACAGCUAAACGUCAAUCAUACGCAAACGAUCUGACAAAUCCGCAAUUGAUUGCUGUGACCGAUAACGUGAAUCAAGCGAAAGGAGAUUCUGGGCCCGAGGACUGGAAGCCACCGCUAACUUCAUACUACUGCACCUAUGCCAAGAUGUGGGUGAAGGUGAAGAGCGUGUAUAGCCUAACGAUUACGUCUGCAGAGAAGAGCGCGUUGACGAGUAUGUUGAAUACGUGCUAA